AUGCUAAAUCAAGGUGACGUACAUUUUCUCACGACUCCUUUCGUGACCACGACCAUCGACUACAGUCCCGACUUGGUCCCAACGGACCCUUUUCUAGCUUUGUUCCAUGUUGGAAUCCUAUUAUAUGCGCUCGUCUGGGACCAUUUCAUCCUAUUCGAUGGAGGACGUCGACUUUUGGAAAGGACACGACGGGAAGAAAUGACUCGACGAGGCAGGAGGUGUAUUUCUCGAAGCAUUCGUCUUGUCGGUACGAUCGAGGCAGUUAUCUCCCACACUCUCGAUACGGCAGCGUCACCUCAACAUAUCGUAUUUAUUGUCUUCAAAGACAAGAAAUGGACGAGGACCCAAUUUCUGGAGUCGACAUUAGCCAUGGCUCGCAUAUAUGAAAAGUCCGCAUUCAUCAAGCCUGUUUUAUAUCGAGAUAGCGCAGAAUCUAUACCUCAAGUUGAACAUCAGCGUUGGAUUGUGCAGGACGAAGCUCCAGCGGGGAGUGCACGACUGUUGCGGGUGUGGCAGCGGACGGGGACGAUAGUACGUUGA